AUGGCGAGUACCAGCAGCAGCAGCAGCACGGCAUACCACCAGGCUGCUGCCGCCGCUGAUGGGGCGAGUAGUAGGCGGCGUCGUUCAGGGCGCGCCGGCGGCCAUUGGUACGGAGAGGCCUCAUGGGACAGCCUUGUGGGGCGCUCUCCCGUGGACGCCUGGCACGGCGACCCCAAGCGCAACGAGGACGCCCUCUCCAUUGAGCCCCACCACGCCCUCUUCGGCAUUUACGACGGGAACGGGAAGACGAAGCGGCUCGUGCUCGAGAUGCUGGGCAUCGAGGAAAGCGACUGGGAGUGGGCGGCAAGCAAGCUGGGCGCCGACUACCACCUGCCCUCCCAGCUCGACCCCGACGAAGCCGCCGCCUUCGUGGCCCGCACCCUGCCGCCUCUCCUCGUCGACCUCCCGCCCAUGCGCGGGCAGUGCAUCAUGGGCAGCGCCUCCACCGCGGUGUUGGCCAGACUGAUCCCCUCCACGCUGCCGUUGGCCAUGCCCACCCUGCUGGUCGUCAACGUGGGCGAUUCGAGGGCCGUGCUGGGACGGAGCGGGCAGGCCGUGCAGGUCUCGCGAGACCACAACGCAGACAAGAAUCUGGGGGCGGCUGACUUCGAUGCCGAGGAGGUGCACAUCCACGACGGACGACUUCGGGUGGACGACGAGUUUCUCGUCCUCAUGUCGGACGGGGUCUACAACGCGUUCAAGGAGGGCAACGACGGGGUGGUGCGGUACGUGCGAGAGCGCCUCGCCGCGCGAGAGGGCAGCGCCAGUGUGGCCGCCCAGCUCGUGCGACACGCGCGACAGCUCGAAGACGCGGUGGCCAGGCCCGAGAGCAAGAUCGACGACAUGAGUGCGGUGGUGGUCGUGCUCAAGCCCACGAGCGAGGCUGGCCCGCUGGUGGGGUGGGACGAGGAGCAGACGUGGGGCCUGUCGGACGUGGCCUCCUCGUCUCCUUACCGGCGUGAGCUGCUUUCCUCGGCCCGGAAGGCCAUAUAG